UUUUCACUAGUUAAUAAUGAGCUAAUGUGAAAAUUUAAUUGAAGAUCUAAACUGAGCAUUCCAGAUUCACCAUCGUCAUGGGCGACAAUCUAAUCGGCUCGGCGAGUUUCCUGCACUUGGGAGACAUUGUGUCUCUUUAUGCGGAGGGAAGCGUUUGUGGUUUUUUAAGCACUUUGGGCCUAGUGGAUGAUCGCACCGUUGUGUGUCCCGAAGCUGGUGAUUUGACAUGUCCCCCAAAAAAGUUCAGAGAUUGUCUUAUAAAAAUAUGUCCUAUGAAUCGUUACUCCGCCCAGAAACAGUUCUGGAAGGCCGCAAAACAAUCGGCCAGCUCCAAUACAGAUCCAAAUUUACUCAAGCGUUUGCAUCAUGCCGCCGAAAUUGAGAAGAAGCAAAAUGAAACGGAGCACAAAAAGCUUUUGGGCACAUCUAUACAAUAUAGCCGAGCUAUUGUCCAGUUGCUCCAUCUAAAGUCCAAUAAAUAUUUAACUGUCAAUAAGCGUUUGCCCUCGCUGCUGGAAAAGAAUGCAAUGCGUGUGUAUUUGGAUGCCAAUGGCAAUGAAGGCUCAUGGUUUUACAUUAAACCCUUUUACAAACUACGCUCAAUUGGUGAUUAUGUGGUGGUUGGCGAUAAAGUCAUACUCAGUCCCGUGAAUGCGGAUCAACAGAAUUUGCAUGUAGCAGCCAAUUAUGAGUUACUCGAUAAUCCUGGAUGCAAGGAGGUGAAUGUCCUGAACUCAUCGACAUCGUGGAAAAUCUCCUUGUUCAUGGAACACAAAGAGAACCAGGAGCAUAUACUUAAAGGAGGCGAUGUGGUGCGUCUCUUUCACGCCGAGCAAGAGAAAUUCCUCACCAUGGAUGAAUAUAAGAAGCAAUAUCAUGUUUUCCUAAGGACCACUGGGCGCACAAGUGCCACAGCGGCCACCAGUAGCAAAGCUCUUUGGGAGAUUGAGGUGGUGCAGCAUGAUUCGUGCCGCGGUGGAGCUGGGGAUUGGAAUUCUUUGUAUCGCUUUAAACAUUUGGCCACUGGACAUUACCUGGCUGCCGAGGCUGAGUUGGAUAUAGUUGCAGCAGGAGCCGCCUCAUCAUCUUCGGCUCAAGAACCAUUUUUGGCGGAAUGCAGCAAAGAUUCGAGUCUCAACUAUGCCCUGAACGACAAAUCGAAGGGGAAACAAUAUCGCCUUGUCUCGGUACCAUAUUCCGCUGACAUUGCUUCGGUUUUUGUCUUGGAUGCGACCACCAUGGCCAGAGCAGACAGUUUGGUUCCUCAGUCCAGUUAUGUGCGAUUGCAGCAUAUUUGCUCCAACACUUGGGUACAUGCCACAUCGAUACCCAUUGAUGCCGAUGACGAUAAGCCGGUCAUGUCGAAGGUCUGCUGUUCACCCAUCAAGGAGGAUAAAGAGGCUUUCGCAUUGAUUCCUGUUUCUCCUGUUGAAGUGCGAGAUUUGGAUUUCGCCAAUGAUGCCUGCAAGUUGCUAGCCAUAGUGACCACUAAGCUGGACAAUGGUUCGAUUUCGAUUAAUGAACGUCGUUCUCUGAUAUCUCUACUACAAGAUAUUGUCUACUUCAUGGCUGGCAUGGAGAAUGAGCAGAAUAAAACAAAGGCCCUCGAGUUUACGAUUAAAAAUCCAAUUCGAGACCGUCAAAAGCUGUUGCGAGAGCAAUAUAUCCUCAAGCAACUGUUCAAGAUCCUUCAGGGACCCUUUCAAGAGCACACUGCCGGCGAUGGUCCAUUCCUCCGUCUCGAUGAGCUUAAUGAUCCCAAAAAUAGCCCAUAUAAGAACAUUUUCCGUUUAUGCUACCGCAUUUUGAGGCUCUCACAGCAGGACUAUCGCAAGAAUCAAGAGUAUAUAGCCAAACAUUUUGGCCUAAUGCAAAAACAAAUUGGUUACGAUAUCCUGGCUGAGGAUACGAUUACCGCUUUGCUUCACAACAAUCGAAAACUGCUGGAAAAGCACAUCACUGCGGCUGAAAUUGAAACAUUUGUGGGACUUGUGCGUAAGAAUAUGGACAAUUGGGACUCGCGUUUCCUGGACUAUCUCUCCGACUUGUGUGUAUCGAAUCGUAAAGCUAUAGCCGUUACACAGGAAUUAAUUUGCAAGAGUGUGCUAAGUGAUAAGAACGCCGAUAUCUUGAUCGAUACCCAAGUAAAGGCUCUAAAAGGUGGCUCAGCCAUAGUAAGUUGUUACAAGGGCGCCACAGAGGAUCUAUGCCUGGCCACCCUCACCGAGGUGGCUGGCGAUGGUGAUGAAGAUCGUUCCGAAGAUGUUCAAUCCACAUCGACAACAAACACCAACUGGGACAGUGUCAGUCUAAAUGAUGAUGAAGAUAGCAGUCUGAUGGCUUCAAACGAGAAAUACGAAAUACAUUUGCAAUGGAAGGGACAACCAUCAUCUCGUUCUAUGGCGGAUCUAGCUAAUUGUGUGGCCGACGGUGGUGAACAGGAAGCAGCUAUAUUGAACUAUUAUCGACAUCAAUUAAAUUUAUUCUCAAAUAUGUGCUUGAAUCGGCAAUAUUUGGCUCUCAAUAUACUCUCACCCCAUUUGGAUAUUGAUUUAAUAUUGAAAUGCAUGUCGGAUGAGACUAUGCCAUAUGAAUUGAGGGCUUCGUUUUGUCGUCUCAUGUUGCAUCUGCAUGUGGAUCGUGAUCCCCAAGAGCCGGUUACACCAGUAAAAUAUGCACGUCUCUGGAGUGAAAUACCCUCCAAAAUGUCUAUACUUGACUACGAUGGUAAAAAUCAACAGCCCGAUCAAAAUAAACAGGCCUGUCGUGCCAAAUUUAAUACAACCAUUGCCUUUGUGGAAAACUAUUUGUGCAAUGUGGCCACCAAGGUUUGGCUAUUCACGGAUCAAGAGCAGAACAAAUUAACUUUUGAGGUUGUUAAAUUGGCCAGAGAUUUGAUAUACUUUGGCUUCUAUAGCUUUAGUGAUCUAUUAAGAUUAACGAAAACUUUGCUCUCUAUAUUGGACUGUGUGUCCGAGACUAAUGCUGGCAACAGUGGAGGCAGCUACGUAAAUACGGAUAUUGAUUCUAACGAAGAGGAAACGAAUACUCAGGCUGAAGGCGGUGUCCUACGAUCAAUCGGUGAUAUGAAUACAGUCAUGACAUCCUUGGCCUUGGGUUCAAUGGGCCAAGCUAUUGCGGCUCCUGCAAUAGCAUUGCAACAACGUAAAUCUGUCUCGCAGCUAAUGAAGGAAUAUCCUCUUGUCAUGGAUACCAAACUGAAGAUUAUUGAAAUUUUACAAUUCAUUUUGGAUGUACGCUUGGACUAUAGAAUCAGUUGUCUACUCUCCAUAUUCAAGCGUGAGUUCGAUGAAUCAGAUGUUGUGCCACAAGAUGAGAUUGUGUUGGGUGUCCCAGUUGUAACCAAAGAUGAGCCAAAGCUCUCGAAUAACACGGAAAGUGAACCACUGUUGGGCAACGCAGGAGAACCUACUGAUCCCGCAACGGCUAAUGCUCGACAAAAGAAUAUUGAUCUGGAAUCGAUAGGUAUUAAGGCUGAGGGCAUAUUUGAUUGUGAACGUAGCGAUGCUGCCAAUUUAGAUCUGGAUGGUCAAGGUGGACGUACCUUUUUGCGUGUCCUCCUUCAUUUGAUUAUGCAUGAUUAUGCUCCAUUGGUGUCGGGUGCAUUGCAUUUGCUAUUUCGACAUUUUAGCCAACGACAAGAAGUUCUCCAAGCAUUUCGCCAGGUACAAUUACUUGUCUCGGAUAGCGAUGUUGAGACAUAUAAACAAAUCAAAUCCGAUUUGGAUAUAUUGCGGCAAAGUGUUGAGAAAUCCGAGCUUUGGGUUUACAAAGCCAAGGCGACUGAUGAACUGGGUGGCAAUAGUGGUGGUGGUAGCGGUGGCGGAGAUGUUUCUGGUGAUGCCGCCAAUUUGGAGUAUAAUGCUGCCCUAUCGCCUGAUCAACGCAAUGAAUACAAAAAGGUCAAGGAUAUUCUUAUACGAAUGAAUCAGUAUUGUGUGACUGUUGGACCUGUGGUUAAGCCACGCAAACAUGAGCAACGUCUGCUACGUAAUGUUGGAGUUCACACAGUCGUUCUUGAUCUGCUUCAGAAUCCUUAUGAUGAGAAAGAUGAUGUCCUAAUGAAGGAACUAAUGUGUUUGGCUCAUGAAUUUCUACAGAAUUUUUGUCUGGGCAAUCAACAGAAUCAAGUGCUGCUGCAUAAUCACUUAGAUUUGUUCCUCAAUCCGGGUAUACUUGAAGCGAAAACUGUUUGUGCCAUCUUCAAGGAUAAUUUGGCUUUGUGCAAUGAAGUGACUGAUAAAGUAGUUCAACAUUUUGUCCAUUGCAUUGAAAUCCAUGGCCGGCAUGUGGCAUAUUUACAGUUCUUGCAAACAAUUGUCAAGGCGGAAAAUCAAUUUAUACGCAAGUGCCAGGACAUGGUAAUGCAAGAGUUGAUCAAUUCCGGCGAGGAUGUGCUUGUCUUUUACAAUGACAAGACAUCGUUCAAUCAUUUUGUACAGAUGAUGCAACAGCAUCAUUUAUCCCGGCAACCUCUUAGCGAUGACAGUCCAUUAAAGUAUCAUGUGGAGCUGGUGAAGCUUCUCGCCUGUUGCACCAUGGGCAAGAAUGUGUACACGGAAAUCAAAUGCAAUAAUUUACUGUCAUUGGAUGACAUUGUGACAAUCAUUUGCCAUCCCCUCUGCAUGCCCGAGGUGAAGGAGGCAUAUGUUGAUUUUCUCAAUCAUUGCUACAUCGAUACGGAGGUUGAGAUGAAGGAGAUCUAUGCAUCUGGUCACAUGUGGAAUCUGUUUGAGAAAAGUUUUCUCGUGGAUAUACAUCAAUUGAUAUCACAUCCCUCGAUAGCAAACUCGAAUAAGAACCUUUUGAGUUAUGUUCUAAAUGGACUGAUGAAUUUACUGAGCAGCUUCUUCUCCAGCCCCUUCUCAGAUCAGAGUGCCAUCGUGCAGUCGCGUCAGUUGAUCUUCGUGCAGUUGUUGCAGGCCGCUUACCGCCUCACUCAGUGCAAGUGGCUGUCGCUAGCCGAUCGAUUCAAUGUCGAAAUGUGCAUACGCACUCUGUCCGAGUCGGCGAAAAUGCGCAGCAUUACCUUGCCACUGGAGCUGGAGCAGCAGGUGGCCACCAUGUCGAACAAAACGGCGAUGUUAACACGCCAGACCACAAAAUGGUUACUGGCCUCCAAACAGCCCAAAUAUGAGACACAACAAUCGGCCAGUUUAAUGCGAUGGGAUCGCUCAAUAAUUGAGGGGCUACAGGAUAUUGUCUCAUUGCUGGAAGAUCAGCUGAAGCCGGUGGUCGAGGCCGAGCUCUCGCUACUCGUCGACAUUCUCUAUCGCUCGGAGUUGCUAUUCCCGGCCGGCACAGAAGCACGCAAGCGAUGCGAGAGCGGCGGGUUUAUACGGAAGCUCAUCAAGCAUACCGAGAAGUUGCUGGAGGAGAAGGAGGAGCGUAUGUGCGUCAAGGUGUUACGCACUCUACGCGAAAUGAUGGCCAUCGAUGUGAACUAUGGCGAAAAGGGCGAUGCCUUGCGCCAGACUUUGUUGAAACGUUAUUUUCAAAACAAAAGUUCAUUCAAAGUGGAGGAGGAAAUAGAAGCACCGCCCUCACCCCCAACUGAUCCGGCCAAGCAGCUGCAUUUGGUAACCCAUGGUCCGGGUGCUAAAUACUUGCAAAGAGCUGGCAAGACACUUCACGAAAUGCAAAAUCACUUGGAUCGCGAGGGAGCCUCAGAUUUGGUUGUUGAAUUGGUUAUCAAGUCGGUGCACUCACCGAAUAUCUUUGUUGAGGCCGUGGAAUUGGGUAUAGCCUUGCUGGAGGGUGGCAAUCCCAUCAUCCAAAAGGGCAUGUUCCAGAAAUUCCUUAGCGAUGACCUCAAUCAGGCGUUCUUCAAAGUUUUCUUCGACAAGAUGAAGGAUGCCCAGCAAGAGAUUAAGUCGACAGUGACGGUAAAUACCACCGAUAUAGCCGCCAAGGCACAUGAGCACAAACAAGAUGCCAAUCUAGAGCUCUUGGACAAGAUAUCUCGCAAGCAUGGCCUCAAACGAAAUGGCGUAGUCAUUACGGAGGAGCUUAAGCGGGAGUUGCACAAUGCCGGCCUGGCCACAGCCAGAGCAUAUGGCAAUGCCAGGAUCAUACACUCUGGCGAGGAAAACUCUCAAAUGAUCAGUGUGAAUAGUCCUCUGGAGGAUAUCCUGGCGGAAAAACUCGAGAAGCACAAGGAUGGCAAAGAGCAGCGUCGCAAUCAAUUGUCCAAUAAGGUUCUGGUGAUGCAGCCGAUUCUGCGCUUCCUACAACUACUCUGCGAGAAUCACAAUCCUGAUUUGCAAAAUUUGCUGCGUAAUCAGAAUAACAAAACUAACAACAAUUUGGUUUCCGAAACUCUAAUGUUCCUCGAUUGCAUUUGUGGUUCCACCACGGGAGGACUGGGACUUCUCGGUCUCUACAUCAAUGAGCACAAUGUGGCCCUCAUAAACCAAACACUCGAAACACUCACCGAAUAUUGUCAGGGUCCGUGUCAUGAGAAUCAAAAUUGUAUUGCCACCCAUGAGUCCAACGGUCUGGACAUUAUCACAGCUCUCAUUCUCAAUAAUAUAAAUCCUUUGGGCGAGAAUCGAAUGGAUCUGGUGUUGGAACUUAAAAACAAUGCCUCUAAGUUGCUAUUGGCCAUUAUGGAAAGUCGUGGAGAUAGUGAAAAUGCCGAACGAAUUCUGUACAACAUGAAUCCGAAACAAUUGGUGGAAGUGGCAUGCAAGGCCUAUCAUCAGGAGGAACUCAUUGACGAACAAGACGAUGCAGACGAUCAAGCAGAUUCGACUUCGGGUGUUGUGGAUGAUGAUGAUGACGAUGCCACGGUGAGUCCACGAGAAGUGGGCCACAAUAUCUAUAUACUCUGCCAUCAAUUGGCCCAGCAUAACAAAGAAUUGGCCAGUCUGCUAAAGGCCUCCGAAGAUCCCCAAUCCUCUAGCUUUGAUGCCAAAACGAGUCAGGCUCUAAUGUACUAUGCCACGCACACGGCUCAAAUUGAAAUUGUUCGCAAUGAUCGCACCUUGGAGCAAAUUGUUUUCCCCAUACCCGAAAUAUGCGAGUACUUAACUACUGAUACGAAAAUCAAAAUUCUCAAUACUGCCGAACGUGAUGAUCAGGGCUCUAAAGUGGCCGAUUUCUUUGACAAAGCUGAGGAAAUGUUCAACGAGAUGAAAUGGCAAAAGAAACUAAGAAGCCAAUCUCUAUUGUUCUGGAUUAGUAGUUACAUGUCACUGUGGAGCAAUAUAUUAUUCAAUUGCGUUGUGGUCAUAAAUAUGAUAGUGGCAUUCUUUUAUCCCUUUGAUAAUACAGUUCCUGAGCUUAGUGCGCACAUUUCGCUUCUAUUUUGGGCCAUUAUGAUUUUCUCGCUGAUUAUUGUUAUAACGCUGCCCCGUGAAUCUGGUAUAAGAACUUUAAUUGGUUCGAUGAUCUUGCGUUUUAUUUUCCUGCUAGGACCAGAGUCAACGCUUUGUUUGCUGGGCAUAGUCACGGUCACUCUUAAAAGUGUCCACAUUGUGAGCAUAAUGGGCAAUAAGGGUACACUGGAGAAGCAAUUGAUUAAAAUCGUUACGGACUUUCAGUUGUUGUAUCAUUGCAUUUAUAUAGCAUUUUGCUUUUGUGGCUUGAUAUUGCAUCCAUUUUUCUAUUCCCUGUUGCUCUUUGAUGUGGUUUAUCGUGAGGAGACUUUGGUGAAUGUCAUACGUUCGGUGACCCGUAAUGGACGCUCGAUUGUUUUAACUGCUGUCUUGGCCCUGAUAUUGGUCUACUUGUUCUCCAUCAUUGGUUACAUGUUCUUUAAAGAUGAUUUCUUGGUUCCUGUUGAUUUUGAAGAGCAAGAGCAAACUAUUUCUGUUCUGUCUACUGAUGAAUCCUGUGCUGCUCCCGAUAAAUUGGGCAGCAUAUGCGAAGCUAAAACCAAGCAGUUGACCGCUGAGAAUAGCAAUGAUGUAAAAGAACGAGCCUGUGACUCUUUGGUGAUGUGCAUCGUAACAACAUUGAAUCAGGGCUUACGCAAUGGUGGUGGCAUUGGUGACAUACUCAGAGCACCCUCAAGCAAGGAGGGUUUGUUUGUGGCUCGUGUUAUCUACGAUUUGCUCUUCUUCUUCAUUGUCAUUAUUAUUGUGUUGAACUUGAUUUUCGGUGUCAUUAUUGACACCUUUGCGGAUUUGAGAUCAGAGAAACAGCAGAAAGAGGCCAUUCUGAAGACAACUUGCUUUAUUUGCUCUUUAAAUCGUUCGGCCUUUGACAACAAGACCGUAAGUUUUGAGGAGCACAUUAAGAGUGAACACAAUAUGUGGCACUAUUUGUACUUUAUUGUCCUGGUAAAAGUCAAGGAUCCCACCGAAUUCACGGGUCCUGAAAGUUAUGUUUAUGCCAUGGUUAAAGCUGGCAUUUUGGAAUGGUUUCCACGUCUGCGUGCCAUGUCCUUGGCUGCUGUGGAUGCAGAUGGCGAACAAAUUGAGCUGCGCAGCAUGCAAGUUCAAUUAUUGGAGACGCAAUUGCUUAUUAAAAAUCUAUCUACCCAACUUCAUGAGCUCAAGGAUCAUAUGACCGAGCAAAGAAAACAAAAGCAACGUUUGGGAUUGCUUAAUACCGCGGCAAAUAGCCUAUUGCCGUUUCAGUAAAUAGAAAACCUGACGGCUUAGUACUUGAGUAUAUAACAAAACAAAAACAAUCAAAAACAAAAAAAAAAAAAAAUACCAUUCCUAACUAUGCACUUAACAUAGAUGUAACAUUUUAGUAUUGGCGAAAGCAAUAUAGCACUCUAAAAAAAACGUCUCAUUUACAGUAGGGUUUAAUAUAGGCCCAAUAUUCAAAUUGUUAAUCUUCGAAUUCCAUAAACAAGAACAAUCCAUUUAUUGCUCAAAAGAAUAUAAAAUUUUUUACCUAUAUACAUAUACAUGUAUACACCCUUUAUAUUGUAUAACUCUAUAUAUAUGUACGUAUAGUAAACUCACUCAGAGAUUUUAGGGCUGUUAACAAUGUUAAUUAGUGGUCGUGUUACCCAAUUUUUUCAAACGGUUAUACAAUCUUCUACAUUUUAUUUCUUUCUUAUCACUCUUGUACCUAGAUCUAGUUAUUAACAUGAAAAAAAUAUAUUCGCCGAGCGACCUCAAAGAAAACAAAAUGUUUCGAUAUAUAGAAAACAAAUUGUUUUAAAUAACUUUGCUGUUACUUACCUGUUACUAAUCUUGUUGCAAUUAAAACUAAUUAUUGUGAUUACAUUUUUUUCCAUUUUAUAUAUGUAUAUUUUUUAGUUUUCUUCUAUAUAUGUAUGUGUAAAUCGUGUACUCGAAACGAGUUUUUGUUGGUUAAUUUCAUUUUAAGCUAACAUUUAUAUGUAUUCCUAAGAAAGAGCCUAAAAUUUAUGGACUUUGUAUGUGAACGAAAAUAUAUAUAUAGCACAAAUAAAUAUUAAUUCGAUAUUCAAA